AUGCCAAAUCAACCUUUGGCCACACCAGGCCUUGUAACAACCAGUGGUCAGCAAUAUCAGGCAUUUGCACACCACAAACUACAUGCCUGGAAGAAAUGCACGCUCUGCAAGGAUGGACAAUCGCUCACUUCAUGCAGUCUCAGUCACAACUUGCGCUCUACGAAAAACAUCUCAGCAUUACCUUUGUCGAUUCAUCAAACUCAACUACGACGGAACACAUCCUCCACACCAGCAACAAGCGAUGAUGUGCAUCCACAAGAAGCUACAGCAGCCGAAGAAAAAUCUACCCAAGGCUCUAAAACUUCGACAAAAAGUAUUAUCCCGAAGAACUUCAAUAAACUCGUAGCUGGGGCCAAAGAGUUGAAAAGGAUUGAAAGGGAACUCAAGAACAUCCACGCCAAGCGUCGCAGUCCUCCAUGGACGGUCCAGGGACCGUAUAUAAUACGGGGAAAACUGAUGUGCUUUCAUGACCCGGGUGCCGUCAGGAUCGAGAAGAAAAGAGUGUUCGUUAGGGAUAAGCCGAUUCCCAAUAUCUGGCUGAGAGACAACUGUCAAUGCAGUAGUUGUGUGCACGAGGCUACCAGGCAGCGGCUUCUAGACACGUUUUCCAUACCACAGGACAUUGAGAUUACAGAGGUAACGAUCAAGGAUGGUAAAGUGCACAUUGAAUUCAGCGAUGGCCACAAGAGCGAAUGCCCAGUGUCCAUGCUCAACGGAGCAGCCCUGCCCGCAGAUAUCAAAGCAGACAUCCGUCAAGGUCUCAUCAAUCUUUCCCUCUGGGAUGCUUCCAUCGCCGCAUCUCCUCCCAACGUCAGCAACAACCCCUCCGAAUCCAUCCAGCCCAUUCUAAAAAACAUCCGCCAAUACGGCUUCUGCUACGUCGACAACACCCCCUUCGACACCCCGGAUCCCACCGAACAGCUCCUCCGCCGCAUCGCCUUCAUCCGCGAAACCCACUACGGCGGCUUCUACGACUUCACCGCUGACCUUGCCUCCAAGGAUACAGCCUACACCAACAUCGCCCUCGAAGCCCACACAGACACCACCUACUUCUCCGACCCAGCCGGCCUCCAGGCAUUCCACCUGCUCUCCCACACCGACGGCUCAGGCGGUGCCUCCCUCCUCGUCGACGGCUUCAAAGUCGCCGCCGACCUCAAACAACAGGACCCAGAAGCCUACCAUGUUCUCGCUACCGUGAAUAUACACGCUCACGCCUCGGGGAAUGAGGGCAUCAGCAUUCAACCCUACCGCGGCUUCCCCGUCCUCGAACACGACCCCACCACGGGCGAAUUACUCCGCGUCCGCUGGAACACGGCAGAUCGGGCUGGGAUCGGGCUCCCGAUUGACACGGUCGGCAAGUGGUACGACGCAGCGCGCAAAUUCGACGCGCUGCUUAAGAAGAAGGAGAAUGAGUAUUGGGAGCAAUUGACGCCGGGGCGGGUGUUGAUUUUCGAUAAUUGGCGGGUGUUGCAUGGACGGAGUGCGUUUACGGGGAAGAGGCGGAUUUGUGGGGCUUAUUUGAAUCGGGAUGAUUGGAUUAGUAGGUUUAAGAUGGAGGAGUUUGGGAGGGAGAAGGUUUUGGCGAGUUUGGCUUCGGGGUAG